UUCUAGGUUUUAAACAAGCAAUUUUCACCAUCCCUGAACUCCAAAGCUUAGAAUCCCAUUUCAACUCGGGGAGUCUCAGCUUCUGGUCCAGUAGUUUAACUUUCAUUCUCCCAAUCAGUCUUUUCUUUCAGCUUAAAUGCCUUGAAAUCUGUUCAGUUCAAUCUUAGUGCUUAAGUUUGUAUUCUGUCUUCCUUUCUAGCUACUCCGGUAGCUCAGCAACUGGAUCUGAAACUUUAGUAGGGGCUUUGGUGCAAAACCUUAUUGUCUUAUUUUUGGUCUUUGAUUCUAGAUUCUUCAUCCAAAAGCCUAAGAUUCCAUGCUUGUACAUCUUUGUUCUAGUCUUGAUUCAGGUGUUAAAAAGCUCAAUUCUCUGUGUUAAUCGUUGUAAAACCCCGAGCUUUGGAGCUCAAUUUCUUUAGUCAUAAGCGUUUUCUUGGCUCUAUUGAUUUGGUUACAGAUUCAUGAUCUUUCCAAAUUAGGAGAAAAUUGUAACCAAGUGGACCUUUUGAGUCGAUGAGGAACACACAUAAAUUUGGUCGUAUGGCUAUACCUAUGCCCAUUAUUCUUUACUUGGCCUUUACAAUUCAUGUAACUUUGGCCGACAAUUAUGUGCCAACCGAGAAAAUCCUCCUAAAUUGUGGGGGAGCUUCAAAUGGCAGUGAUACCGAUGGUCGGAAGUGGACCACAGAUAUUGGGUCCAAGUAUCUGUCAGCUAGUGGGAAAUCCACCACAUCUCAAGCUGCUACUCAAGAACCUUCGGUCCCUCAAGUCCCUUGCAUGACUGCUCGGGUUUCUUACACAAAUUUCACCUAUAAAAUUCCCGUUGUUCCUGGUCGUAAAUUUGUCCGUCCUUACUUUUAUCCUGUUUCCUAUGCAGGCUUAAAUGUAUUCGAUGGCAUUUUCUCUGUCACAGUAGGGUCAUAUACUCUGCUUAACAACUUUAGUGCUACACAAACCGCAGAAGCACUGAAUUUGGCAUUUCUUGUUAAGGAGUAUUCAAUCAAUGUUGAUGGUCAGACAUUGCAUAUAAGUUUCAUUCCAUCUGCCAAAGCUCCAAACACGUAUGCAUUUGUGAAUGGGAUUGAGAUUGUGUCAAUGCCUGAUAUUUAUAGUUCCACUGAUGGAACUUCAAUGAUUGUGGGUCAAAAUUCUGCUUUCUACAUUGGUAACAACAGUGCACUUGAGAAUGUUUAUCGGUUGAAUGUGGGUGGAAAUCAUAUUCCGCCCUCCCAUGAUACUGGUCUUGAUAGGUCUUGGAAGGAUGACACGCCAUACCUCUAUGGGGCUGCCUACGGGGUUACAUAUUAUGCUGAAAACAUGACAAUCCAAUAUCCUACAGGCAUGCCUACUUAUGUUGCACCAGUUGAUGUCUAUGCCACAGCUAGAUCGAUGGGGCGAUAUUCUCCAAUCAAUCUCAAUUACAAUUUGACUUGGAUUUUCUCAGUUGACUCCGGGUUCUCUUACCUAUUUAGGCUUCAUUUCUGCGAGAUUCAGACAAAUAUAACCAAGGUUAAUCAAGUAGUGUUCGAUAUCUUCCUAUAUAAUCAAACUGCUGAGCAUGGGAUGGAUGUUAUUGCCUGGGCAAGUGUUGAAACAGGGGGUGCAAGUCAGCUAUAUGGGGUUCCAGUGUAUAGGGAUCAUGUGGUUCUUAUUCCAAAUGGAAGCCCACAACAAGAUGUGUGGCUCGCAUUGCAUCCAAACCUAUAUGGAAAACCAACCUUUUCUGAUGUGAUCUUGAAUGGAGUAGAAAUCUUCAAAGUUAAUGAUUCCAACGGUAAUCUCGCUGGGCUGAAUCCUAUUCCUGAUGUAAUUGACCCAACAAGGGCUAGACCAUCUUCUUGUGAUGGUAAACUAAAGAAUCAAAAAGCAAUUAUCAUCGAAGGUGUUAGUGGUGGAAUCGUCUUAGUCAUUAUUAUUGGUUACUUUCUUAUUGUUGCUUCUCGACACCAACGUGGAAAAGAUUUGAGUGCAAGGGUAGUUCCUUCUGGGUGGCACCCAGAACUUCGAGGAAACCUUUGUCGUCACUUCUCCUUUGUUGAGAUCAAUGCUGCUACCAAGAACUUCGACGAGGCUCUACUUCUAGGGCUUGGAGGUUUUGGUAAAGUUUACAAGGGAGAAAUUGACAAUGGAGCAACCAAAGUAGCAAUCAAACGUGGAAACCCACUCUCUGGGCAAGGAGUACAUGAAUUUCAAACUGAGAUUGAAAUGCUUUCAAAACUUCGUCAUCUCCACCUUGUUUCAUUGAUUGGCUAUUGUGAAGAAAACUGUGAAAUGAUUCUUGUUUAUGACUACAUGGCUCAUGGUACACUGCGUGAGCAUCUGUACAAGACCCAAAAACCUCCAUUGUCUUGGAUGCGAAGACUUGAGAUAUGCAUUGGAGCUGCUCGCGGUUUACACUAUCUCCACACUGGUGCCAAGCACACUAUUAUCCACCGGGAUGUUAAGACAACUAACAUUCUCUUGGAUGAGAAGUGGGUUGCCAAGGUUUCGGAUUUUGGGUUGUCAAAAAUAAGUCCUGCCUUGGAUAAAACACAUAUAACCACUGUUGUUAAAGGUAGUUAUGGUUAUUUGGAUCCAGAGUAUUUAUUGUUGCAGCAACUGACUGAAAAAUCUGAUGUUUACUCAUUUGGGGUCGUUCUUUUUGAGGUCUUAUGUGCUCGGUCAGUAUUGGACCAAACACUUCCAGAGGAGCAAGUGAGUUUGGCAGAGUGGGCUGUACACUGCCACAAGAAUGGUACACUCGAUCAGAUAAUUGAUCCUUAUCUAAAGGGAAAAAUUGCACUUGAAAGCUUUAAGCAGUUCACUGGGAUUGCAAUUAAGUGCAUGGCUGAUCAGAGCAUUGACAGGCCAUAUAUGGAUGAAGUUUUGUGGAACCUUGAGUUUUCUUUGCAGCUACAAAGGAGUGCAGAGGAAAGCAACAAAGGUAUUGGUGGAAACCACAUCGAAGAGGAGCCAUACAUACCCUGUAAAUGGAAGAAAGAUCUUGAUGCAUCUCCAAGUUUUAAUGGGGGUGGAGGUUCGUUAUCUUAAGAAGACAGGUCUUUGAAGCUUAAUGGUGGCCGUCUUUGGACUGGGUUUUUUUAAGUGAGCAAGUUCGAAGUUCUAGGCAAAUCGUUGUUGUUUGUAGUUAUCGUUGCACUUUAGGCCUAUAGAAAUAGAAGAAGGCAAUUAAUCUCUCACAUCCAUUUUCAUGUUUUAAUGUGGACAUUUUUUCUCUCUUUAAAUAGUACAUUUUCGCAUUAAUUAGUGGUAUUUGUAUAAAAUAGUGGAUGUAAACGAGUGUAAG